CCUGCCUGUGACAGACUUGUCUCAUUCGUUUGUUAGUGUAGAGAUGAUAGAUAUUAGUUGUGUCACGUUAGCUAGCUACCCGUGGCCAUCAUCAGACCUGUCUACAUGUUGAGCACAGGUAGCUAGCGAGUGGACUUUCUCGUGCGGCCACCGCUUGGAUCCAUCUUCUUCCCUUCCCCGGAGUCCGGACUGGAACGACGAGCUGCCCCUCCCAACUCCCAACAAGCAGAAGCAGAAGCAGAAGCAGAAGCAGCAAUCUCCCAACAAGAGAGCCAUGGGUGACCCUGACGACGCGGUGCUCUUCGUAGGGGUGUCUCUGGUGCUGGGAAUCGCCUCCCGCCACCUCCUCCGCGGCACCCGCGUCCCCUACACCGUCGCCCUCCUCGUCCUCGGCGUCGCCCUCGGUUCCCUCGAAUACGGAACACAGCAUGGUCUCGGCAAACUUGGAUCCGGCAUUCGUAUCUGGGCUAACAUAAACCCUGAUCUUCUCUUGGCUGUUUUUCUACCUGCCCUCCUGUUCGAAAGCUCGUUUUCAAUGGAAAUACACCAAAUAAAGAGAUGUAUGGCACAAAUGGUGUUACUUGCUGGACCAGGUGUCAUAAUAUCAACAUUUUUACUUGGCACUGCUGUAAAGCUCACUUUUCCAUACAACUGGAGCUGGAAAACAUCAUUGUUGCUUGGUGGACUUCUUAGUGCAACUGAUCCUGUUGCUGUGGUUGCACUGCUAAAAGAACUUGGAGCAAGUAAUAAGCUCAGUACAAUAAUUGAGGGUGAAUCCCUAAUGAACGAUGGGACUGCUAUCGUUGUCUAUCAGUUAUUCUAUAGAAUGGUGCUCGGAAGAACCUUUGAUGCUGGCUCAAUAAUAAAGUUCUUGUCACAAGUUUCACUUGGAGCUGUCGCUCUGGGCCUUGCGUUUGGAAUUGUUUCAGUACUGUGGCUGGGCUUUAUUUUUAAUGAUACAAUCAUAGAGAUUGCGCUUACUCUUGCCGUCAGCUAUAUAGCUUUCUUCACUGCCCAAGAUUCACUGGAAGUCUCUGGUGUUCUGACCGUUAUGACGCUGGGAAUGUUCUAUGCAGCUUUUGCAAAAACUGCUUUUAAGGGUGACAGUCAGCAAAGUUUACACCAUUUCUGGGAAAUGGUUGCUUACAUUGCAAACACACUUAUUUUUAUAUUGAGUGGGGUUGUUAUUGCAGACGGUGUUCUACAGAACAAUGUCCAUUUUGAGAGGCAUGGCACUUCGUGGGGCUUCCUUGUUCUGCUCUAUGUCUUUGUGCAAAUAUCUCGAGUUGUAGUUGUUGGUGUUUUGUAUCCGUUGUUGCGUCACUUUGGGUAUGGUUUGGACUUGAAAGAGGCCGCAAUUCUUGUUUGGUCAGGGCUGCGAGGGGCUGUUGCUCUGUCACUAGCGUUAUCUGUUAAGCGUACCAGCGAUGCAGUUCAACCUUAUCUGAAACCAGAAGUUGGAACAAUGUUUGUGUUCUUCACUGGUGGCAUCGUGUUUCUGACACUGAUUUUGAAUGGUUCGACCACACAAUUUUUGUUACAUAUUCUUGGCCUGGACAAACUGUCAGCGACAAAGCUUCGCAUAUUGAAAUAUACAAGAUAUGAAAUGCUGAACAAAGCUUUAGAGGCUUUUGGUGAGCUUAGGGAUGAUGAGGAACUUGGACCUGCUGAUUGGGUUACUGUAAAGAAAUACAUCACUUGUUUGCAUGACUUGGGUGAUGAGCCAGAGCAUCCCCAUGAUGUUUCUGACAAAGAUGAUCGCAUGCAUACCAUGAACUUAAGGGAUAUCCGAGUGCGGCUUUUGAAUGGUGUGCAAGCUGCUUACUGGGGAAUGCUUGAAGAGGGACGAAUAAAUCAAGCGACAGCAAAUAUUCUAAUGAGAUCAGUUGAUGAAGCUAUGGAUCUUGUUUCCAGACAACCAUUAUGUGAUUGGAAGGGUUUACAGUCCAGUGUCCAGUUCCCGAAUUACUAUAGGUUCCUUCAGAUGAGCAAGUUGCCACGAAAGCUUAUCACAUACUUCACAGUAGAAAGAUUGGAGUCAGGAUGUUACAUGUGUGCUGCAUUUCUUCGUGCUCACAGAAUUGCAAGGCGUCAACUACAUGAUUUUCUUGGUGAUAGUGAGGUUGCAAGAAUUGUUAUUGAUGAAAGUAACGCUGAGGGGGAGGAAGCUAGAAAAUUCCUGGAAGAUGUUCGCAUUACAUUCCCGCAGGUACUACGUGUGCUAAAGACGCGACAAGUCACAUAUUCAGUAUUGACACACUUGAGUGGGUAUAUCCAAAACCUCCAGAAGACUGGAUUGCUGGAAGAAAAGGAAAUGGUCCAUUUAGAUGAUGCUUUGCAGACAGACUUGAAGAAGUUGAAGAGGAAUCCACCACUGGUGAAAAUGCCAAGAGUUAGUGAGCUUUUAAACAAUCAUCCUUUAGUUGGUGCGCUGCCUGCUGUUUCGCGUGAUCUUUUAUUAAGUAAUACAAAAGAAACUGUACGAGGACACGGCACGAAUCUUUAUAGGGAAGGCUCAAGGCCAACUGGUAUAUGGCUUGUUUCGAUUGGUGUAGUAAAGUGGACAAGUCAGAGAUUAAGCAGCAGGCAUUCUUUGGAUCCGAUCUUAUCACAUGGAAACACUUUGGGUCUAUAUGAGGUGCUGAUUGGAAAGCCAUAUAUUUGUGACAUGAUUACAGAUUCUGUGGUACACUGUUUCUUCAUCGAAGCUGAAAAGAUAGAGCAAUUGCGUCAGUCAGAUCCAUCGAUUGAGGUUUUCCUGUGGCAGGAAAGCGCUCUGGUCAUUGCCAGGCUUUUGCUCCCACAGAUAUUUGAGAAAAUGGCAAUGCAUGAGAUCAGGGUUCUGAUUGCUGAAAGAUCUACUAUGAACAUAUACAUCAAGGGGGAAGACAUUGAACUCGAGCAGAAUUACAUUGGCAUUUUGCUGGAAGGAUUUUUGAAGACCAAGAACCAAAAUCUGAUCACACCUCCAGGGGUGCUGCUGCCAUCAAAUACCGACUUGAACUUAUUUGGUCUCGAGUCUUCAGCUAUGAACCAUAUAGACUACUGUUACACUGCACCCAGCUAUCAAGUAGAGGCUAGAGCGCGGAUUAUCUUCUUUGAAAUAGGCAGGGUCUGGGAGACACAGCCCGAUCUUCAGAGAACCGUGUCAUUGCUGGCUCAAACCCAUGAACCACCACGGACCCUGAGCAAAGAGCAUAGUGGCCUGCUCAGUUGGCCAGAAAGCUUCCGGAAGUCCCGAGGGCCUCACAAUGUCAGCUUUGCUGAGAUGAGAAACCAACCGGGCAGCCUCUCUGCUAGAGCCCUGCAGUUGAGCAUGUACGGCAGCAUGAUCAAUGACAUGCACUCGGGUCAGGGUCAGAGGCGGCAGAGGCACCGCAUGCAGGCAACGAACCAGAAGCAUAGCUCCUCCUACCCCAGAGUGCCGUCAAGGCCGUCCAACGCGCGGCCUCUGCUCUCCGUGCAGUCGGAGGGUUCCAACAUGAAGAGAAUGGCAGCUCCAAAAGAAGCUGGCGAGGCUCCUGCUCCGGCGACCUCCGCAGGCCAGCGGCGACGGAAGGCGAUGGAAGCCAACAACUCCAGCGACGACGAGUCCGCGGGGGAAGAAGUCAUUGUCAGAGUCGACUCCCCCAGCAUGCUGUCUUUCCGCCAGCCCUCCAAGUAGCCAUCUUUUCGGCAUACCAAGCAUUCUCUCUUUCUUGCUGGAUUUUGCACUGUGAUAUGAUUGCCCACAUGAAUAACAAUAAUAAAAGGGACACAAUUCUCCCUUCUUCGUAGGACA